AGGACAUCACUGCGUACCGCAACAAGGGCAAGGUGCCCGUCAGCAUGCCGGCGAAGGUGGCUGCCCCAACCAAGGACGAUGACGAUGACGACGAGGACGAGGACGACGACGAGGAUGACGACGAGGACGACGAGUAGAUCAACGUUGUUACGUGUAGAGCUUAUCAUUUCUUGUUUAUAAAGCAUUUAACCCCUCUUGUUCACACGUCACUUACUCUGAACAAAAGAAAAAAACAUUACUUGAAAAAGUUACCCCCCCCAUAAAAAGAACCCUCCCCUCCUUCUCUCCCUCCAAAAACAUAAAUCGCUGUGUAUAAGAAUUGUUUUGCAUCUGUACAGGUCGUUGUCUCCUUUUUGUAUAGUUAACACUACAACAGUGUCACCUGUGUCUGUCUGUGUUUCUAUCUCCCAGUCUCUUUUGCGUCCCCCAAAAAAAUGGAAUCCUAAUUCCUUAUUUAGUGCAAUACAUUUGACUACUUUUUGACACUUGGACUGGCCACUGAAUAGGGUUCAGGUCAAAAGUAGGGCACUAUAUAGGGAAUAGGGUGCAUUUUGGUCCCCCCUUUGUUACAGUUUAAAGCGGUUGUAAAAAAAAAUAAAUAAAUUUAAAUACAAAUUUGGCUUGGUAACCGAUGGGUCUUAUUUGCCUUAGCUAGCAGUGCACAGCAGCACAUUACCUAGUUAUAAUGUAGGGUCUUAGUAGUUCUUCUGUUUCCAAUGGCCCGUUUGUUUUUCUGGUUUUAAAUGACGUAUUAUCAGCUUGCCGUAUUAUCAUAAAGUUAUUUUACUGGACUAUUUGAAUACCACUGUAAUUGCAAUAAGAAGAAAUAUUUGCAUUUGUUUUUGUUUUUUUUGUGUGUGUUGAGAUUCUGAAUUGCUUCUGACGUCAAUAAACUUUCUUUAUUUUUUAUUUUUA